AGACAGUGCCCCGCUCUGUGGCUGUGGCAGCGCUGGCUGGCUCUGGCUCUGGCCAAUGCCCUUUUGCUCUGGCAAAGCACAUAGAACCAUAGAAAAAAUGGCGUCUUUACAGACGCUUCUACCCGCUCCUUCACAGUCUGUUUUUGAUCGAGGAGAUGAAGACCGUGCGAGGAAACUUGCAGCUCCGUCAAAGCACGUCGCACUCACAACGCGGUCUUCGCCACCGUAUGGUAUGCGAAAAGGCUGGGUUCCCAGAAGUCUCGAAGACUACGGUGAUGGCGGUGCCUUCCCUGAGAUACAUGUCGCGCAGUAUCCGAUGGACAUGGGCAAAAAGAAGGACAAGACUACUUCAAAUGCACUUCCAGUACAGAUCGAUGCCCAAGGAAAGAUCAAGUAUGAUGUUAUUGUAAGACAGGGUCAGUCGAAAGACAAGGUGAUUUACCACCGAUAUCAAGACAUGCUGCCAUCGGAGAUCACUACCGACGACGACCCGUCUCUACAGAAACCAGAUGAAGAGGAAAUCGAGAAAACGACUGAAGAUACACGGUUGGCGUUGGAAAAGCUCACUCAGUCAAAGAUUUCAGCAGCAAUGCCGGUUCGGGCAGCUGAGAAAACAGCUCCUGCCCAGUACAUUCGCUACACACCGUCUCAGCAGGGCAUGUCGUUCAAUUCAGGUGCCAAACAGCGCAUUAUUCGGAUGGUUGAAGUGCAGAAAGACCCUAUGGAGCCGCCAAGGUUCAAGAUCAACAAGAAGAUCCCGCGGGGACCCCCAUCACCGCCGGCGCCCGUCAUGCACUCGCCGACACGCAAGGUGACGGUAAAAGAGCAGCAGGAGUGGCGUAUCCCGCCCUGCAUCUCCAACUGGAAAAACGCCAAGGGCUACACCGUUCCUCUGGACAAACGGCUGGCCGCUGACGGCCGUGGCUUGCAGCAGGUGCACAUCAACGAGAACUUCGCCAAGCUGGCCGAAGCACUGUACAUCGCCGACAGAAAAGCUCGGGAGGCAGUCGAGAUGCGGGCGCAGCUCGAGAAAAAGCUGGCCCAGAAGGAAAAGGAGAAGAAAGAGGAGCAUUUGCGCCAGCUGGCUCAAAGAGCCCGCGAAGAGCGCGCCGGCAUACGAACGCAGGCUGCCGCUGCCACUGUGGACGAGGACUUGCGCGAAAGGGACCAGCUGCGUUACGAGAGACACAAGGACCGUCAGCGCGAGCGUAACAUCGCCCGCGCAGCGCCGGACAAGAGGUCCAAGUUGGAGAAGCAGCGCGAGCGCGACAUCAGCGAACAGAUCGCACUGGGCAUGCCUGGUGCGCGUCCUGCUGAGGUCCAGUUCGACCAGCGCCUCUUUAACCAGAGCAAAGGGCUGAGCAGUGGCUUUGGCCAUGAUGACGCCUAUGAUGUGUAUGACAAGCCAUGGCGAAAUGCUCAGCCAGGCAUCUACCGACCCAAAAAUCAAGACAAAGAAGUAUACGGAGAGGACCUUGAAAAGCUUAUGAAAACAUCACGAUUUGUGCCCGACAAGGAGUUCUCUGGAACAGACCGUUCUUCCCGACGCGAUGGUCCUGUGCAGUUUGAACGGCUUGAGGAGGAAGAUCCAUUCGGUUUGGACAAGUUCUUGACAGAAGCGAAGAAAGCCAGCAAGAGGCCCACUGAGGAUCAGGACCACCACAGGGACAAAGGAAAAAGGCGCAAAGAUUAAAAAUUUGUUUGCUGUGCAGUGCUGAGCAACAUGAACUAUGCUGGGACAUGUGGCCCCCAGUGCUGGUGGUCCGUUCUUGUGAUCAUCCCAGCAUGAAAGGCUGCUUAUGAUACAAGCACCUGGUCAGCAGCAUAGUUUUGUGACUGCAAGCACUCUGCAUAUGGACACUUGACACAUUUGUGUAGACAUGUCAAUAAGCUUGGUUACCAUGCUGCUGGCAGCCAUGUUGCACAUUGUGACCAUAAGGCAUGUGGCAUUGGCAAAAUGCUCACUGCAGCUGAGUAGGGCUUUUGCCACAUUACAGGCUGUAGUGUGUUGAAAAUGUGUAUUGUUUGCUCAUUCAUGAAGAUUGACUUUAUUGCUAUUGCCUCUGAUCUAUUUGUUGAAUGUUUUGCAAUCAUGUCAGGUAUUCAUUUGCACUUUUCUGGGGGUUGCUCAUGCUUUGUCAGCUUUUUUUUUUAACUACUGUCUCGUUUGUGCAUUUCCAUGUGCGGAAAGAAUGUUCAUUUGUCACUACUACGUGAAUAAAGAGCAAGCAAUACUGUCUUCUUA